AAGGAUUCGAGUUGUGCCAGUCAAACACGUCAACUUGGUACUUCCUGAUGUUUUCAUAAGUCUCUAUACUGGUACCCUUGCCAAGUGGGUUGUAAUCGCUCGUGCAUUAUUCACAGGUGCAGGGACUUGGACAGAUUCCGUCGCCCCGAUUAGACCUCAAGUAUUGCUGAUUAGCUACAACUCCUCAACCCAUGGGCCGAAUCUUUCCUAGGAGUCCAUCCUAGCUAUUUGCCGGUGCUGCGGAAGAGCGCGCGCUGCCCAUGCAAGCCGCUUACUCCAGCAGAGCUUUCAGCGCCUCACAUGCAAGGUCGUCAGGAUGGGCGUGGGCAAGCGCGGUCGUGCCAUCGACCGAUCGAACCAUGUGCAUCCGCGAUAGGACUAGUCGCAGCGGUCUUGUGCUUACCUGCGCGCUUGGGAAGGCUGCCGAUGGCAACGGAGCCUCCAGAAGAAAGCCCGCUGGCGCCACCAACGCUGCCCCAGCAAGCGGCCCGGAUUCCAAUCCCGGCGAGCCCUUGGUAUUGAAGAAGAGUGGCCAGGAGGAGCAGCAGCCCUCAGCGGCGCCUCUCAAGCGCACGGCCUACCGACGUCCCCGCCAAUCAGCUGAGGAGCGGCGGCAGCAGCGGGAGCAGCGAAAGGCGGAGCUUGCUGCCCUGCGGCGGCAGGAAGCCAACAGGGAAUUCCUCGCCCGCCCCGCCGGCCCUUCCUCCUCAUCUUCUGCCGCCGCUGCCGCUGCCGCUGCCGGGCUCAAGGUAGCUCUGGUCGACGGUUACAACCUCAUCUGGGCGGAUAAGGAGCUAACAUGUACGGCACAAUACACCCUGGAGGGCGCACGGGACGCGCUAAAUCGGAUGGCCGAUGCUUUUGGAGCCGCGAAUGGGGUUAGGGUCUACGUGGUGUACGACGCCAUGGGCAACAGCCGUGCCGUACAACAGCGAGUGUACGGCGGAAGCGCUGGUGCCGUACAGCAACGAGUGGGAGCCCAUGCCGUACAGGUCUUCUCCAUGGGCAGCGAGGCUGACUCCUACCUGGGGAAGGCGGCGGGCUAUUGGAAGCGCAGGGGAGCUGACAAGGUCAUGGUGGUAUCCAACGACCGUUACGUGCGGGACCUAGCCCUGGAUGCGGACUUCACCGUGUUUCCACUGGACCCAGCCACCUGGUUGCAACAGGCGCAUGCGGCACUAGCAGGCAGGGGGAGGAGUGG